CUGGCCGAGCCAUGACGGAGGCGAACAGCAAGAAGGAAGGGUUCAAGAAGUGCCGGAGCGCCACUUUUAGCAUCGAUGGCUACAGCUUCACCAUCGUUGCAAAUGAGGCAGGAGACAAGGCUGCCAGACCCCUCGCACGCUUCUCUCGGUCCAAGUCACAGAACUUUUUGUGGAAUUCUCUCAUCGAUGGACUCACUGGGAACGUCAAGGAAAAGCCAAAGCCAACAAUUGUUCAUGAUCCUCGGGCACCAGAAGAAAUCUUAGCUGAUGAACUGCCCCAACUAGACAGCCCAGAAGCCUUAGUGAAGACAUCUUUCAGGUUGCGGUCUUUGGUAAAACAACUAGAAAGAGGAGAAGCUUCUGUAGUCGACCUCAAGAAGAAUUUGGAACAUGCCGCAUCAGUUCUUGAAUCUGUAUACAUCGAUGAACCUAGGCGACUCCUGGAUACAGAAGAUGAGCUCAGUGACAUUCAGUCAGAUGCCGUGCCCUCUGAGGUCCGGGACUGGCUGGCCUCCACCUUCACUAGGCAGAUGGGGAUGAUGCUGAGACGGAGUGAGGAGAAGCCCCGAUUCAAAAGCAUUGUUCAUGCUGUGCAGGCUGGGAUCUUUGUGGAGAGAAUGUACAGACGGACAUCAAACAUGGUUGGACUAAGCUACCCACCUGCUGUGAUUGAAGCAUUAAAGGAUGUGGACAAAUGGUCCUUCGAUGUCUUCACACUGAAUGAAGCCAGUGGAGAUCAUGCCUUGAAAUUCAUUUUCUAUGAAUUACUCACCCGCUAUGAUCUGAUCAGCCGCUUCAAGAUUCCCAUUUCUGCUCUUGUCUCAUUUGUGGAAGCACUGGAGGUGGGCUACAGCAAACACAAGAACCCCUACCACAACCUGAUGCACGCGGCAGAUGUCACUCAGACUGUCCACUACCUCCUCUACAAGACUGGGGUUGCCAACUGGCUGACGGAGCUGGAGAUCUUUGCUAUCAUUUUCUCAGCGGCCAUCCAUGACUAUGAGCACACGGGGACCACGAACAACUUCCACAUUCAGACUCGCUCAGACCCAGCCAUUCUGUACAAUGACCGAUCUGUACUUGAGAAUCACCACAUCAGUGCAGCCUAUCGACUUCUGCACGCAGAUGGAAUGAACAUUUUGUCCAACCUUUCCAAGGAUGACUGGAGGGAAUUCCGGACCUUGGUGAUCGAGAUGGUGAUGGCCACAGAUAUGUCCUGUCAUUUCCAACAAAUCAAGGCCAUGAAGACAGCACUGCAACAACCAGAAGCAAUCGACAAGCCGAAAGCCUUAUCUUUGAUGCUGCACACAGCUGACAUCAGCCACCCAGCCAAAGCCUGGGAUCUCCACCAUCGCUGGACCAUGUCCCUGCUGGAAGAGUUCUUUAGACAGGGUGACAGGGAAGCUGAGCUCGGCCUUCCGUUCUCCCCUUUGUGUGACCGCAAGUCAACCAUGGUGGCUCAGUCCCAAGUAGGUUUCAUUGACUUCAUUGUGGAGCCCACCUUCACUGUGUUGACCGACAUGACUGAAAAGAUUGUAUCUCCACUUAUUGAUGAACCCUCCCAACCUGGUGGGACUGGGCACAGGCGCUCAAGCUUGAAUAGUAUCAGCCCAUCAGAUGCAAAGCGAUCAAGCGUCCGGAGCACUGGGUCUGAAGGAAGUGCCUCUAUCAACAAUUCCGUCCUCACUGUGGACUAUAAAAGUUUUAAAGCCACUUGGACCGAGGUGGUCCACGUUAACCGAGAGAGAUGGAGGGCCAAAAUUCCUAAAGAAGAAAAAGCCAAGCGGGAGGCUGAGGAGAAAGCCAAGCAGGAGGCUGAGGAGAAGAAAAAGGAAAUGGAAGCGAAAAGUCAGGCUGAAGAAGGUGGUACAUCAGGCAAGCCUGAGAAAAAAAAGGCUGGAGAGGGGAAGAAUGGAGGACGAGGCCACAAAAAUGAAAAUCCUCAUGGGAAACAUCCUUCCAAAGCAGACAAAUCUGGAGACAACAAACAGGCUCAUGCGGGUGAUGAGAAAAAUAAGACAGACAAGAAGGAUCAGUCCAACGUUGGCAGUGAUUCCAAGAAAACAGACGGCGUAAAGCGACGUCCUCAUGGCUCACCAGCCCCAAGCACAAGCUCAUCAAAUCGUCUUACAUUGCCAGUCAUCAAGCCUCCCCUGCGCCAUUUCAAACGACCAGCAUAUGCAUCUGGCUCCUAUGCACCAUCUGUUCCAAAGAAAACUGAUGAACACCCAGCAAAAUAUAAAAUGCUUGACCAGAGGAUCAAGAUUAAAAAGAUUCAGAGCAUCUCACAGAACUGGAACAGAAAAUAA